AUGGGAUCGAAGAACGGAAAGCAUUUGGAUCCAAUUGCACCAAAAGCAGAACCCGAGUCUGAAACUAUCGGAUCUUCUGCGUCCGUCUGUGCUGCUCCGGACACAAAUUCUAGUUCGGAUUUUUCGAUUGAAUCCUCUGACAAACCACUCUACUCCGAUAUCCACUUUGGAGAGGGUCGCUUUAAUAUGAUCAACGUCAUCGGACGUGGUGGGUAUGGAAUUGUGGUGCUGGCAGAAGAUGUGAAGACAAAGAAAAGAUAUGCUCUCAAAAUUGGAAAGCCGGGAAGUGCAUCUAGGAGAGAACUGGCUGCCUUCAAACUUGUCAAUGGUACAAAGGGAGUUCCUGUUCUGAUCCAGGAAUGGAGAGAGUUAGGAUGUGUGAUCAUGCAGAUGCAGCUUGUCGGAAUGAGCUUGAACGAGUUUGUCAAGCAGAAGGGAAGAAAGCUGACACUUGCUGAGGGAUUCAAACUUGCUCCAAUGCUCAUCGAUCUUGUCGAGGCAGUUCAUUCCAAAGGGAUUAUUCAUGCCGAUGUUAAGCCAACUAAUUUUGCCUUUGGGCUAGGAUCAAAGGCAUCGAAACUUUAUAUCUUGGACUUCGGACUCAGCGUGACUUACUUGACUUCUUCGGGAAAGCACAUGGAAGAAACUUACCGCGAAGCAAACGGAACCCCAUACUAUAUGAGUGCCAACCAGCAUAUGUCUCUCUGGAACAGCCGCCGCGAUGAUCUAGAGUCGGUGGUUUUCACACUGAUGGAACUCUGUGACAUCGACAGACGCUGGAAGCACAUGGCCUACCCAAACUAUCAUUCUGACCACAUGGUGUAUUGGAAUGCAAAGUUGGGAGGAACUGAUGGGGGAACAAUUUGCCAAGUUCCACAAUUCAACAGCAUGCUCAAGAUGUGCCGUACAUUGAAAUACAAGGACAAGCCAGACUACGAAGGAAUGAAGCGGCUCUUCAAGAUGAAGUCUUCAAAGGCCAACCGUGCGCAAAUUAAACCCAUCUCUUCGGCAGCUGUCGUCAAACACUCAUCGAACAUUUGGGAUAAGAACGUUAUCAUGAGAUUCCACAAGGACAGGACUGAAGAGGACAAAGAAAUGUAUCGUGGAAAGAAGAACAAAGAAGAAUCCGACACUGAUUAG